AUGGCGCGGCGAUUGCAGCUGGUCCGGUUGGAGCAGGAGGCGGCAGCCCUGGCGGCCGUGGUGCGCGACGCCUUGGGGCCGCGGGGCGGGCAGGCACUGCUGGUACGGCCCUCUGGCGAGGCGCUACUGACGCGGGACGGGCGGCUUCUGUUGCAAGCGCUCAGCCUGGGGCCGCCCACGGCCAGGGUGAUAGCGGCCUCUGCCUGCAGCCACCGCGCCGCGACGGGGGACGGCGCCAAGACGUUCGUGGUGCUGCUCGCCGGCGUGCUGGGCGCCCUGCGGACCGCUGGCGGGGGCAGCCUGAGGCAGGCGCUGCGGGCCUUCGAGGCGCGGGUGCUGGAGCGGGCGGUGGCGGAGGGUCUGCGCCGCCACCUGACAUCGGCUCUGCCAGGGUGGGAGGCUGAGGCGGGCGCCCUAGAGGCGCUGGUGGAGGCCUACCUGGGCGGUCGGCUGGGGCCCGGCGAGCGGCGGCGCCUGGCGCGGCUGAGUUGCGAGUACGUUCGCCGCUGCGCCCCGGCCGCCGCUCCCCGCCCGCAGGUGCUGCGGCUCCUGAGCAGCCGCUUCGCGGAACUGCACGCCGCUGUGGUCGGCCUUCCCGCCGCAGCGUCCAGGGUCUUGCCCGGGCUCGUCCUUCGCAGGGACUUCGCCACCUACUGCCCGGCAGGAGGGGAUCUGCGGGCUGUGCUCGUCACCGAGGCCCUCCGGCCUGCCCUCGCCGCCCCCGGCGUCGAGUUUGUUGUAGACUCCGAGGGUCAGUAUCAGGCCUCCCUGUGCUGGAUCGCAAGGAGGACGGAAGCUGUAAUGAAACACUUGCAGAGUAACAACGUUAAGCUGCUACUGUCUAGCGUGAAGCAAGAGGAAGUAGUCAUCUCCUAUGCACAACUGUAUGGUAUGUCCGUGGUAGAGUGCUUAUCAUCGGAAGAAGUGUCUCUUCUCUGUGAAAUCACAGGAGUCUCACCUUACGCCCCUCAUGGUGACAACCUACACGGAGAAAUCGCUGAAACCACAGGGGUAACGUUUUGCCAGCCCUUGCUUCUUGGCUCCAAGAGAUGCGUUCACAUUGGCUUGGCCAGCGUGUGUGCCUUUCAGCCCCACUGCCUGAUUCUGUGUGGGCCAGUCGAUGGUGUUACUGAGCAGCACGCUGCUGCUUUACAAGGGGUGUUUACAAUGCUGCAGCAGCUGUUUAAAACGGUUGGUCAGAGGGAGAAAUGCGAAGCAGAAGGUGAAAGCCAGAUCGAAGCCGCGGGGGUUGGCGUUUGGCCGCCUUCAGCUAUUCGGAAGCAACUUGUAAUCCAAAACAUUUCUUGUGACAGUGAUCAGAUUCCUGAAUGUCAAGUGAAAGCACAGAGGGAUGAAACAGAGGCACAAAUCGUAGACCCUGGUUUGCAGGGAAGUGAAAAUCUAACCUGUGUGCACACAGACUCACAAAUACCCUCAAGUCCCAUGUCACACAUCAAAGUCGAUGUUGCCACUGAAGCAGAUGGCUCUUGGAGAGAGGUGCAGAAGCUACAUGCCAGAUGGGAGCAUCCCAUGCACGAUUCACUUUUGGACACUCCAAAGGAUUACAGCACUACUGUCUUAGCAGCACAUGGUGCUAACAGAGUCACUGCUUGUGAACACCUAGAUGCUGGCAGAGGCCUAGAGCAAACAGGUUGCAAUGUAGUUGCAUUUCAGACUGGAAAGAAUUGUCUGAGUAGUCCACUGAAUCAUUCCAACUCCCUCAUAGAAGCAGGAUCAGUUUUGCCAGUAGGAGGCUACUUUGAAAUCCUGUUGCAUUAUUAUAUUCAGUACUACGCAAAACAGCUUCAGCAAUCAGAUCUAACUAUCAUAUCUAAUGUAGUUGCUGAGGCUUUGCUAAGUAUUCCCAAAUCCCUGUGCAGGACAGCAGAACAAAGCAGCUUCACCAAAUUCUAUCUCAAAACCAUAAAUGCACUUAGAAAUAAUCAGCCACUGUCUGUGAGUGAGAAAGGUCUUGAAUCAGUGUAUUGCAAGUACCAGUUAGUCCUUUCAGUUCUUCACUGUGUCACAGAGCUGCUCUCCAUAGAUUUAAUAAUUGGAAUUAAGCGGCCCCAGCAAAAGGUGGAGGAUUAUGACUCAGAAGAUGACUUCUGA